AUGGAUGCUUUGGAAGAUGUUCUGUUCGGCUCCAUAGCAGGUCUGAUUGGUAAAUAUGUCGAGUAUCCCUUUGAUACUGUAAAAGUACGACUCCAAUCUCAGCCAGACUGCCUACCCCUUCGCUACACUGGCCCACUCGAUUGUUUCAGGCAAUCAAUUUCCUCCUCUGGAAACAACGUUUCUGGGAUUCUAUCUCUUUACCGCGGGAUAUCCGCUCCAUUAGCCGGAGCGGCUCUUGAAAACUCUAGCUUAUUUUUUUGGGAACGUAUCGCGCGGGUAGGACUCCGGCUUUCUGGAUUUUUUCCCGAGGAUGCCAAGCUUCCAUUAGGUGCGCUAUGGCUCACGGGUGCAGCUUCAGGUGCGGCAACAAGCUUCUUGUUGACGCCAGUUGAACUCGUCAAGUGCAGAAUUCAAGUUGCGACGAAUGACAGCGCAACAAUCAAGCCAUUCACUGUAGUAAAAGACGUUUGGCGAUAUCAAGGUCUUAAGGGCUUCUGGAAUGGUCAGCAAGGAACGUUAAUUCGAGAAACUGGGGGCUCUGCUGCUUGGUUUGGCACUAAAGAGAGCGCAUCUUCUCUAUUUUGCCAGUUAAAUCAAAACCCCAACUCACUAACAUAUAACCCAUGCUCUACUAAUACGACACCAUUACCUCUAUAUCAGCAAGCUAUUGCUGGCGCAAUGGCAGGAAUGAGUUAUAAUCUCUUAUUUUUCCCGGCAGACACCAUUAAAAGCCGCAUCCAAACCUCCAGUAUGGCUGAAAGAGAAAAUGGCUUUUGGCAGGAAGGAAGAGUAUUAUGGAAACAUCAUGGAUUGAAGGGUCUUUACCGGGGGUGCGGUAUUACAGUGCUUAGAAGUGCGCCUAGCAGUGCUUUCAUUUUUUGCGUUUACGAUGGCUUGAAACGGAGUAUGGGGCUCACUGGUUAA